ACGAAAAGAGCUGCUCGCAGCCGCACUACUGUGAAUAUCUGUAUGCUCAUAGCCAGGACUGUGGAGUGUGCAAAGGAGGGAGCGCGCGAGAGAGAGAGAGAGAGAGAGCGAGCGAGCGAGCGAGAGCGAGGAGGAGAGGUGGAGGGAAUACAGUUGGAUUUGGAUACAACUGGAAAACUACCAAGCGCGCACAGCACGCACCGAGCGGAAGGCACAUCGACGGUGCGUUGCCAACAUUUCACCUACUCCCCCCCGUCCCCUGCGUUCAGAUCCAGGCGAGAAUGGAGCUCCCCGCCGCCGGAGAGCACGUCUUUGCGGUGGAGGGCAUCGAAAAGAAGCGCAUCCGCAAGGGCAAGAUCGAGUACCUGGUCAAGUGGCGAGGCUGGUCUCCCAAAUACAACACAUGGGAACCAGAGGAAAACAUCCUUGACCCGCGGCUCCUCGUCGCGUUUCAACACAGAGAGAGGCAGGAGCAGCUGAUGGGAUAUCGCAAACGGGGGCCGAAACCAAAACAUCUUUUACUCCAGGUGCCCUCAUUUGCCAGAAGAUCCAGUAUACCUGCAGGUUUCGAGGAAUCAUCUCAGGAUGCAGAGGCCAGCCUCAAGUCCGAUCCCGUCCCAUUCCAGCGUCCCCAGCCUCAACAGUACCAGCUCAACAGCAAGAAGCACCACCAGUACCAGCCCAGCAGCCAGGAGGUCCCCGCUGACCAGCCAGCCAACGGCAAGAAGAAGUUCAUCUACCAGCUCAACAGCAAGAAGCACCACCACUACGAGCCUGACCCCAAUAUGUACGACGCACAGGCUUCCAGGCUCAAGGAGGUGGUCAAAGUUCAGGAGACGGCCAGUAAACCGACAAAUCCUGGCUGGAACUUACCGCUGGCUCUGCAGCAGAAAUGGGUUCGGGACAAAGACACAGGCUGCUUGAGCAAAGUCAAAGAGUUGGCAGUGGAGGUGAGGAAACCGGCUGUUAAAGACGCUGAGAGCGAACAUGCCCUUAAACCCAACCCUAAAGACGCAACCCUACCUAGUGCUAUUAGCAGCAAAAUGAAGAUAAUCAAGAACAAAAACAAGAACGGACGUAUUGUUAUAGUCAUGAGCAAAUAUAUGGACAGCAACAAGGUUCACGGAGCAAAGGGUAAACACGGGGAAUCUUCGGGCGAAGUGAAACCCCAGAACACCAAACCGUCAGAGAACAAUCCAGCGCACACGACCAAAAUGGUGGAGCACCCGGAGAACGGUAUCCCCAAAGAGCUCUGUAACGGCAGCUCCCCCCCUGCCGCCGAGCAUCCUAUAAAGUGUUCCCAAAAGGACAGACAUUUCUCCAAACCAUCACCAAGCACAGCAGAGGAAUACAACACUGAAGUUGCUCGUGGUCAGGCUGAUUUACCAGAUGAUCUACCCCUUCAGUUAACCGCUAGCUCGCCCUUGACAUCCUGGGCUGUUGACACCAACAUCCCGACCCCUACAUCUGUCGACCAGAUCAGGAUCCCUUCUUUCCCCAACGACCGCAAGCGAAAGCUGUCAGGUCCCAUGGAGGACAGGAGCGCCUCUAAAACCUACCUGACUUGUAGAAGCUUCAGCAUCCCCAGCACUGUGGUCACACCACCUCAGGACAAACCUAUGGACCUCCACUGCAGUGGACCACGCCACAGCAGCACAUGUACAUAUGAGGUUAUGGACUCUGGCAGCCAGGAGGAGCCGAUGGAUCUCAGCUGCCCAAAGACUAAGAAGCAGGUGGAGCCGGAAAUAGAGCCCGAGCCUGCCGUCACAAACACGCCUCCCGUCGUAGAAGACACUCAGACACCUGCAGAGAAAUCAAAAGAAGCACCUGUUAAAAAAAUCUCCCCUUUUAUGGGAAAUAUCAUAAUCACUGACAUCACGACAAACAGUCUCACCGUCACCUUCAAGGAAUAUGUGUCUUUUUGAGAGACUGUUUGUAAAAUGGGACUACCGGUGACCGAUUGGAUGAAUCCUGUGAAUAUGUGCAUAUGUAAAAACAUCAGAAUUUUGUAUAUGUGGAAAUUUAUAAUUUAUCAUUCAAAUUCAAUAUGUUUCUUAUAAUGUUUUAUACUGUAACUCCAAUGUGACGUCAUAGCCAAGAAAGUGCCCUCGAGGAUUUGAGCGAAUGCAUUCGGGUGGAUGUGUUCCACUUUAAAAAAAAAAAAAAAAAAAGCUGUUUAUUUGUCAUAUGGCGCUUGAUGGGAUACUUUUGCUGUUGUUUCAUACCUGUACCAAACUUAUAACCUGAGAUGUAUGAAGGUUUAUACAUAUUUUGUAUGAAUAAUAUCACUUAUUUUGGUCCUGAUAGAAGGUAGAGAGGAUGUUGUUGAAUAUAUGGUGAUCGAAGAUCAAUUGAAAGCACUUAAUUACAUUUUCAUACAUCGGUUUGUGUCAUGAGGAGAGGAGAAAGUCUUAUUUCACUUUUUACUCCACACAGGUGUGCUCAAAUUGACUUGGCAUACGUAAUUACAUGUUUUGUUUGUGGGUUGCUUAAGAAAACGUGAUUAGCCGUGACAUCCAAAUUUAAAAAGCAGGUGUGUCUGCGUACAGUGCAAACACAGCGUGAGGCACACUCGGCUGUGUCAAAACCUUUAAGAAAUGUCCUGCGCUUUUCUUCCUUUGUCUGGUUUUUGUCAGAGAAUUGCACAUUUCAGCUUUUGCAAACAUUUAGGGAAUAAAAUGUGACAUCUCAAAGAUCAUUUACCGUUAAGAAGACAUAAGGAUUCAUACCAUAAUUUAUUAUCUUAUUGUUGAGCUCUCAUUCUGCUGGAGUUACUUUAAAAGUACAUGAUGCUAGUCUCAUUAGGAGCCUCCUAAUGUUGCACAGAUUAGCGAUAAUCAUCUCAUUUUGCUUUUGAAGCUCAUCACAUGAUCUGAAAAACACAUUGUACUACUAUUUGCUUUAGACAAAGCUUCCAUUAAUGAGUAUGUUACACGGAUUUAAUGUGAGUGGCGAGGCUGCCUUUUUAUACUGUUACAUGCGAUCCAAUGAGUGCAAGCUGUUUUGAUAAUGCUGCUGAUAAAUCAAAUGUCAAAGCUGUUGGAUGUCCCCUACAUUUGAGUCUAAAUUGCCUUCUACGCACGUUUAAUGCAAAACCAGUGAGAAUGCUGAAAUGAUAGUAAAAAUGAAGCAUAUUUAUUGACGUUUGAUUUGUUGUUCAAAAACAACUACAAAGAUGCUAUCUGCAUCCGAAGCUGCACGUGAUUCCACUGAACAGUUAGGAAGAUAUUUUGUCUGCUCCAUCUCUGACUUUGUUUGUUCAUUCUGUCUCGCACUUGGUUCAAAAUCAAAAUGAUUGAUAUAAAGUAUGUUCUACCACGAGUUGGCUGACUCAUUGUUGUUGGCACAGCUUAUUGGAUGGUAUGUUCCACAAUAAAGAAAGAGAAAUGACCUCUGA